AUGGGGCUUUCUUGGAAGAAGACGACAGCGACUACGAAGACGCCCCCCCAAACCACCACCAAAAACACCUUCGCCUUCCUUGGCGAGUGGCUCUCCCUCCGCCGCCAGGGACAAAAUAUCACGCAUACACCCAUGGGAUAUGUAUGUCAGGGCUGGCAGCUUCGAAGUGAUCAUCCAUUCUUUACGCAGAGGCUUGUUGACGUCGAUGUUUCGAGUGAUGGAUGCACGUACCAUCCAAGCAGUCAGAGUGAGUUUGAAAUUGACGAGGAGGUUGAUCGUGAGGAUGAAGAUGGGAAUGAGGAUUAUGUUGAGGAGGAUAAGAAUGAUGAUGAGGGCACUGGGUAG